AUGGUUGCGGUUAACAACGAAAACAUUACCGUAAUACGCAUGAUGUUUUCAUGUGCCGACCAGCAAAAACGGAGUCUACUCGUCGGUCAUAAUGUUGCUGGGAAGGGAAAAAAUGGAGUGUCGGUCGUGGACCGGUCGGCCGAUACCAAGCUUUGGUGGUUGGCACGAACAGGCGAACGCGACAGAGGGGUCACCUGCGCUUUUGGAUUUAUUAGAGUGGCCGAUACUUCGGGUGAUAUGGUAGUUAGGUAUGGUUUUCGUCGGUGUGAGUAG